AUGGUGGUACCAUGUAGAGACGGAUCUCAUGUAUGGAAGAUGAUGUUGGAAUAUAGAGAUGACAUUGAGAAUCAAAUAAUAUGGCAACCAAGAAUGGGAUCUUCCUUAUUUUGGUUUGACAAUUGGACGGGUUUAGGGGCCUUGUAUUUCAUUACUCCACAUGAUGUUUAUUGUGAUGAAUCUGUUCAUAAUGUUUAUGAGGUAGUACAGGAGGGAGCCUUGGAUGAGAAUAGGUUGAUGGACAUUCUUCCUCAUGAUUUGGCACUACAUGUUAUUGAGAAUGUCAAGCCUCCAGUACUACAUGAUGAUCUUGAUAGACCUUUUUGGAUGUUGGAGGCCAGGGGUAAUUUCACUAUCAAAUAUUCCUGGGAAUAUUUUAGGAGAAGAAGAGACUCUAGCAUUGCAUAUAAAAAUAUGUGGGCGAAGGGUUUGCCUUUUAAGAUAGCUUUCUUUAUGUGGAAGAUCUGGAAAGGCAAGCUACCUCUUGAUGAUACAUUUAGGAGAAUGGGAUAUUUUAUGUCUUCUAGAUGUUGGUGUUGCCUUAAUCCGGAUGAAGAAACAUUGGCUCAUGUAUUCUACAGAUCCUAUGCAGCUUAUACAGCACUUCCUUCCAUCAUUUUAUGGGAGCUUUGGAAGAGAAGAAAUAGAUAUAAGCAUGGGGAAGUUGUCUCAAUCAGCAUAGUGAUCUAUCAAGUAUCAUCUACAUUCCAAGCACUGGUCAAAGUAAGGAAGCCAAGCCUACAAAAUGUUCCACACAAGUUGCCAGAUUUAUUGCAUAUUCUAGAGGUUUAUACUUUACGGUUGAAAGUGACAUUGGUGUUAUGGGAUCUUCCUACUCAAGGCUGGAUAAAUAUUAACACUGAUGGGGCAUCAAGGGGCAAACCAAGCAGCAACUCGAUUGGGUUUGUAUUAAGGGAUGAAGAAGGAGAUGUCAGUUACUAUACUGAAGGCAUUGAGAUAUUGUGUGCAGCUUGGUACAUACAUAUCUUGGUGCAAACUGAUUCCAUGCUAUUGAAGAAUGUAGUAGAGGGCACAUGGAUUGCACCUUGGGCAGUGGUUGCAUAUGUUGAGGAGAUUAAAGGCAUAAUGGAUAGGUGUAAUGUUAGGGUCUCACAUAUUAUGAGAGAGGGCAAUAAGCUGGCUGAUUACUUAGCUAAUUAUGCCCUUGAUAAUAGCUAUAUUAAAGCGCACAGUUUUGAUCAAUUGGAGGCACGAGGUAGAAGGAUUAUGAAUAGUGAUAAACUACAAUGCCCAUAUCUACGGAUAAAGGUUGCCAGGAGCUAA